UUUCUUAGCAGCUCGUUCUGCUUGUUGGUGACAUUGUAUCAAUCUCCAGCAUUGGAGGGUACGAACAAUCAACAAGAUAAAGAUACAACGAAAGCGGAGGAAUUAACCUGGGGAGGAAGUCUGUUCAAUGUUGGAUUUACUCUACAGGGGACCAAGGGGAAAUAUUAAAUCCUUUAAUGGUUUGAGAUUGAACCUAAAAAUGCUCGCCCGAGCCGGUAUUUUCGAUUUGGAACGGGAUCUCAAAGUGUGAUGGCAGCAGUCCAGUGAAUUGCUGGCCUCUCUUUCCCUUGCAGUUGGAUUUCUUGGGGAGUGCAUUGGUCUGUGGUUAUUUUUGACAGAUUUUGUUGUCAUUCUUGUCAAUUACUUUUACUCUUUCUAUCUAUGGAGUGUACGUAAUCCGUCGUUGUACUGGGGUUUGCACGCGGGGGCAAAAUGUGGGUAAAUAGGAAGGGGAUACCUAGACCCUAAGGAUUCUCUCAACCCAGUCCCCCAGCAGUCAGAGAAGGUGGCGGACCUCAUUGAGGCAAACCUGGGCCGUUGGCACUAAAAUGUCCCUAAGUGGUGGCACUGCAGGCGGGAAAGGUGUGGACUCGAAUGCGGUGGACACUUACGACAGCGGUGAUGAGUGGGACAUCGGUGUAGGAAAUCUGAUUAUCGACCUUGACGCUGACUUAGAAAAGGACAAACUCGAGAUGUCUGGAACCAAGGACGGAGGGGGUAUGACGGCUCCGCCCAGUGCUGUCGCAGCUUUGCCUGACAACAUACGAUUGGUUAGUCCUGUACCUGGCCCUCAAGGCAAGGAGAGCAAAUCUAAAUCCAAACGCAGCAAAAACUCAAAAGACAAUAGUAGCAAGGUCUCAGCUGGAGACGGGGCCAAGAAAGAAGCGCAGACACGAACCCAAGGGGAACCGACAAACACUGCAGCUACUGCAUUAGCCACUAGCAACAACUCCACCACUGGCAAAGGAAUGGAGAAGGGUGGAAAAGUCUCUCGGAACAGUGGUAAAGAUAAGGAAGGGGCAAGUGGGAAAAGUAAGAAGGAGAAAAAGCGAGGAGUGCCCGUGGUGGUAAUAGCUGCCACUGAAAAGGAAGUGGUUUCUCAAGCUCAAGUAGCUUUGGGGGGUAACCGUGGUGCCCCCUUUGAGAACACACAAUCUACGGACUUGGUAGGGGCCGAUCAGUUGGGAAAUAUUGCACUUGAGUCUGUUGGGAUAGUCCCAGCAUUGACAAUUAAAACUGAACCUGAGGAGCUGGACAAUAUUGAAUGCCGAACAUUGAAGAAGGUUAAAAAUGAAAAGAUGGAAUCUCCCGUCUCCACGCCGGCCCCUCCCCCCCUCCUGGCCGCCGCGGGCAACAACAGCGACAACAUCGCGUCCCCGUGCGAGCAGAUCAUGGUGCGUACGCGCUCGGUGGCGUCCAACACAUCGGACGCGGCCCUGGCCACGGAGCCCGAGUGCCUCGGGCCCUGCGAGCCCGGGACCAGCGUCAACCUGGAGGGCAUUGUGUGGCAAGAGACCGAAGACGGCAUGCUGGUGGUGAAUGUGACCUGGAGAAACAAGAGCUACGUCGGCACCCUGUUGGACUGUACUCGACACGAUUGGGCACCUCCCAGGUUCUGUGAGUCCCCCACCAGUGACUUGGAGAUGAGGAAGGGCCGGGGCAAGAGGAUGAGACCCAACAGCAACACACCCGUCAACGAGAACAGCAACUCCUCGGACAACAAGGGCAGCGGCACCACCAAGACGCGUGCUGCCAACAACAACAACAGCAAGGGCCGGCGGGGCAGCCAGACGUCGUCAGAGCGCCGCACGCCGCCCAACAGCAACACAGAGGACGUCAAGGCCAGCCCCUCGUCAGCCAGCAAGCGCAAGUCCAAACCCGCCUCCGACAUGGAGCCCAACUCCAGCUCUGAGGACACCAAAGGCAACAAGCGCAUGCGCACCAACUCCAACAGCGGAGGAGGAGGGGUGCCUCCUCCAAUCCUUCCCCCCGUCCCCUCUGUUAAAACUGAGCCCCAGCCCCCGACGCUCGACCGCAACUGCCCCUCGCCGGUCCUCAUCGACUGCCCGCACCCCGGCUGCAACAAGAAGUACAAGCACAUCAACGGACUCAAGUACCACCAGGCACGUGCCCACAACGACGACGAGGACAUCAAGCUGGACCUGGAUGGGGACAGUGAGUACGGGGAGGACUCCACGCUUCACCCUGAGCCGGGGAACUGCAACGGGGCCUCCAGCUCUCACAAAGGCUGCCUGUCUCCUGCACGGUCCGUCACCCCCAAAGGCAGGGGUUUUGACUGCCAGAGUCCGUCCCCUUCCCCGGGCAAGUUUAGUUCCAAACAGAGUAAAAAGAAGGGUGGUGACGCUGACCCUGAAGCAAGCGGCACGCCAAUGGAAGGCUGCGACGACGCGCCCUGUCUCACCGACGAGGCCAGCAAUGACGGCAUGGAAAAGUCCAAGUCUCACAAAAAGUCCAAGACCGACAAACCUUCUCAGAAGAACAUGAAGUCAUCAUCCCGGCCCGUACCCCCAGGGAGCUUAGCCUCCCAGCAGCUCUACUCCCUGCAGGCCUCCUCUUUCCCUGCAGGGGGGAACCCCAAUGCCUCCUUAGGGAUGCCCCCUAUGAUGCAGGGUGUCCCCAAAAGCCCCCAGAUGAAGGGCGCCCAGCCCCCCAAACCCCCCGCCGCGAUGGGAGACCCUGCCGCUCUGAACCCUGCUUCCGGUGCUUCAAAAGAGAAGAAGAAGAAGGAGAAGAAGAAGAAAGAGAGUGGGAAGGAGGCAGACAGUCCCAAGCCUCUGGGGAAAGGGGGGAAACCAGAGGAGGGCAAGAGCCCCUACUCUGAGUCCUCGGAGCCGGGCAAAGGAGACGGGCUCCUUAACGGUUCCUCGGACCCCCACCAGAGCCGUCUGGCAAGCAUCAAGGCCGAGGCGGAUAAGAUCUACAGCUUCACCGACAACGCCCCCAGUCUGUCCAUAGGGGUGGCCAGCCGGAUAGACGGCACGGGAAUGCCUCAGCCCCUCACGCCCCUCCACGUGGUCACCCAGAAUGGUGGCGGAGCCGACAACUCCUCGGUCAAGACCAACAGCCCGGCGUACUCGGACAUCUCAGACGCAGGGGAGGACGGCGAGGGCAGACUAGUGGAAGGGGUGAAGGUCAAGGUGGAGGACCAAGGCAUCAGAGAAGGAGCCAAGAAAGCCCUGUUCCCCAACCAGACGCCCAACAAGGAGUCUCCGUACUACGCCGGCUACGAGGCCUACUACUCACCCAACUACACCUGCCCCAGCCCCGGUGCCGCCAACCCGGGCAUGCCGCACAGCGAAAGUCCGGUGGUGAAAGUGAAGCGUGAGGACGACCAGGAGCAUGUGGAGGACAAGGUCAAAGUGGAGCCUCACGAAGAGCGCAAACUCGAGAUGAACGCCUCCAGUCAACAACAACAUCAUCAUCAACAACAACAACAACAACAACAGCAGCAGCAGUCAGUCAUUCAACAGCGCUCCAACAUGUACAUGCAGCCUCUCUACUACAACCAGUACGCCUACGUUCCCCCGUACGCCUACCACCCGGACCAGGCCUACCACAACCACCUGCUCAACACCAACCCGGCCUACCGGCAGCAGUACGAGGAGCGCCAGCGCCAGGUGCUCUCCGAGCAGCACCGGGCGGCAGUGGCGGAGAAGAAGAGCUCUGACGUGGCGGCCAUGAAGGAACGCGAGGCCUCCAUGAAGGAGGAGUGGAAGCAGAAGGCCUCUGGGCCACCCACUCUCUCAAAGGCGCCCAGCAAAACAGACAGCCUGGCCAACAAGACCCAACAGAACCAGGGUAAGACCAGAGACUCUCCCUCGGAGCCCUCCAAGGCCUCUGCCACAGGCCUGAAAGGAGAGGUAUCCAAGUCCGAGGGGCUGAAGAUGAAGCUGAGCGAAGGGGGGCACCAUGGGAAGGAGGACUCCAAGCCAGGACUGGACACCAGAGCGGGGAUAGAACAAGCCAUGUGGUACAGACAGCAGACCCAGCAGGAGGACGAGCUCCAGCAGCAACAACCACCGCGGUGGAAAGACGAGCGAGACAGAGAGCGAGAGCGGGACCGUAAAGGAAAGGAUGACAGGCCCAGCAGGCCCAAGGAGAGUGGUGGUCCCAAAGAGGAGGAUGGCGCUGGUCCCAAAGAGGGCACAGACCCCCGAACGUCUUCCACUGAGGACCACCGGGCCAUGGGCAAAGACCCUCGCGCCAAUGCCCACAUGCAGUUCUCCUCGGCCCUGGCGCAGCAUCAGGGAUACAUGCCCUACAUGCAUGGUUACCCUUAUGGGCAGGGCUAUGACCCCAGCCACCCCGGGUACAGAGGCAUGCCCACGGUCAUGAUGCACAACUACCCAGGUUCCCCCUACCUGCCCGCAGGCUACCCGUUCUCACCUUACGGCGGCAAGAUGGCCGGAGGUGAGGAGGAGGCGAGGGGAGGUGACAAGUCGCGCGCCAGCCCCACGGUGAGCAGCAAAGCGGUGGACUCCAAGGCCCUGGACAUCCUGCAGCAGCACGCCAGCCAGUACAAGAGCAAGUCCCCCACAGUGGGCGACAAGCCGUCCCAUGAGAGGGACAGGGGAGAGAGGACUGGCGGGGAGAGGGAACGAGAGAGGGACAUGGAGCGGCCACGCUCCUCGCCCUCCCAGCGCAUCAUGCCCUCCCAUCACCACCUGGGCUACCCGCUGCUCUCGGGCCAGUAUGAUCUGUCCUGCACCACAGGUCUCUCGUCAUCAGCUAUUGUUGCCAGUCAGCAAGCCGCAGCCCCUUCCCUCUACCCCCCGGCGCGGAGAUGAAAACGGGAGACGUGACCGGCACCUCACCACCCUGCAAAGAUUCAUGUGACUGGCUCACAUGAGGAAGCCCUCGGCUCCGAGUCCAUUUUAGACAUCAGUUGAAUGGUGUUUCUAUAUUUUUAGUUCUCUGCCUGAAUGUCCGGCAGAUUUUUAUUCUUCUUCUCCUAGCAGCAUCUCUCUUCCUCGGUUCCCUCCGGCCCCACCGUGGACUAGGACUGACCACACCCAAGGUUCAAAGCCAUCACUCUCUGCCCACGUGCACCCCACCGCUGAUAUCUAUCGGUCUUUGCACUGUUGAUGAACAAACACAUGCAAAAAUAGACCAACUGACUGCCUGAAAAGCUGAAAAGGUGUUUUGACUGCUUAGUAAUUUUUUUGUCCCUUGCAGAACGGGGCAGGGGGUUGGGUGGCUGGAGGGAUGAUGGGGGAGGGGUCAAACUAAAAUAAAGACUGACAAAACUAAACAAGUGAAUCAUGUUGAAAUGUUUGAACUUGCUGUCGUUGGCCUGUUGUACGCAAUGUGCCAGUAUAUCCUGACUAUUGUCAUUAGUAGGUUUACUGUGUGUGGUGAGAUGAAGCUUGAGGGGAGCUGCUCAACCUCUUCAGACUUCUAUAGGUGUUGAAGGGUUUGUUUUCUCCUCCCUCAGACAUUUGCUCACUUAACCACCUCUUGGUUCACUUUUCAGGGAUAGACAUAAUUAUUGUGUGAAGGGAACACAUUCACCUCAAUACAGUUCAUGUUUUGUGUUUUCCUGACAUUUGUAUUGUUCAUUUCACGGCAUGAGUGACUUUUUUCAGUUAAUUUGAUUCCUCCCCACUUCCCAAUCCAUCCUUUUAAUGUGUUUUUGAUAUGCCAGUCUUACUUCACUGAAUCAACCAAACCACACGCAUACCGUGGCUCAGUCUGAUCAAUAUUGCACUGACUGAUGGACAGUUGUAACCAUGGUUUCUGUUCAGAAGUGUAGAGCUGUUUGUUACCUCAGAACACUGGGGAUCAUCUACUGAAGAGGUCGGCCAUUUUCACCUGUCAGCCUACAGUACAGUACUGGUCCUUCAAUCGGCACAGCAAAUGGACCAGCUCGUUAUCCUGUCAAUUUCCAUGGAGGAAGUAUCAAACAACUGAUUGCAGAGGAGGAGGAGGAGGAAGGAUGCACAACGUAAAGUCAAGGCAGAACCAGGGAGGAGCGGCGCCCGACCAUACAACACACAACCAACCACGCACAUCUGGCUGCUAGCUCACAGAGCGACCCCAUCCCGUCAGCAACACCACCUGUGUGGGCAGCGCUUCACUCCUACAUAUCCUUGCCUUAGGAACCCUUCCCUUGGUAUUACAGUAGUGCAGCACUGAGCCAAUGGGGGAGCCCCAGUUGAUUCAACCAAGCCUGGCCAAUGUCUGGCCCUCCUAUCACUGGGUGGCCCCUCAGGUGACAACUGCCAGAGACUGUUACAUGGUCACAUUACAGCUGGGAGCCCCUCAGUAGAGGAACAUCACCUGUCUUGACUCCCACUCCCCUCAUUCAACCCCCUCUCUCCCACUCCCCUCAUUCAACCCCCUCUCUGCCACUCCCCUCAUUCAAC